CGCACAUGACAGGAAGUAAAUAAAGUUUCCCGCGUUUCGGAGCUGCAGAGUGGAGCUGCUUCAGAUUAUCGCUGCGAUGGACGAUCUGUAUUUAGACAACAUAGACGAAUAUGUGAACGAUCAGAAUAAGAUAGUCACAUAUAAAUGGCUCAGUCUUACUCUGGGAGUCCAUGUCAACACGGCUAAACAGAUGCUUUAUCACUACUUAGACCAGAGACGCAAGGAGAGGUCUGGAACCACACUGCAUGCCACCUACCUUGUAUCCGGAAAGUGCAGUGAGAAUGGGAGUGUGUGUCAUAAGGUGUCCGUGGUGCGUGAAGAUCAGCUUGAUGAUACGAAGUCCAAGCUGGAUAAAACCAUUAGUGUUCAUGUGUACAGUGUCCAGAAGGCUGAGCUGAAGGAUAGCGGCCCACUCUACAGUACAGACUAUGAUGCUGUGAAAGAGAACCUGAAAAACUGCAACAAGUAUAGCACUAUCCGCUGUGCAGCCGCUGUACCGCUGUCCCACACAGAGCUGCAGAAAGUCCAGGAAAAGGUUGUGGAAAAAGAAGCUACUAAACCAAGUCUGAAUGACCACACAGCAGCUGCUCCUAAACCCAGUGUAAAACAGCCUAAAGGCAUUAUGGGAAUGUUUUCCAGCAAAGCUGCUCCUAAAAGUGAGGCCUGCAACAAAGAAGUGAAAACGGAACAGAAAGAUGAGGCGUCUCCAACUGAAGGACCUAAAUCUAAGGUAUCUUCCAAAGCCAAUGCUAUGAACAACUUCUUUGGGAAAUCAGCUGACAAAAAAGUGACGACUGACAAGCCAGACAAAAACAUCAAAGAAGAGACAGAAGGAGCUCAGUCAUCAUCAGCUGCAGUGAGCAGCAAACCUUCUCAAUCCUCAUCCAAAUCCAAGCAGGAUAUAAAAGAGGAGCAGCCUAAGGAGUCUAAAGCAGUGAAGGAUGACUCCAAAGACUCACGGAGUAAAACGAAGCGUCUGGAGCAUUCGGACAGUGAGGAAGAGCGAGCGGACAGUCAGAAAAAGAAGAGACGGAGAAUAAAGAAGCCGCAGUCUGACAGCAGCGAUGAUGAGGUAAUUCCAGACUCUCCACCUGUGCCAGAAGUGCAGACUCCGAGCCCUGGAAACGAAGUGAAGAAAGAGCCUGUUUCACAUCAAGAAGCUUCAGAGGGAAGGAGGAGAAAAAGGAGACGAGUUCUGAAGGCCCGCACAUUUCUUGACGAUGAAGGCUGUAUGGUUACUGAGAAAGGCUAUGAGAGCGAAUCAUACUCCGAGAGUGAAGACGACUCCAAGACCACCAGUCAGCCCUCUGGAGAGUCCAACUCACUCAAGCAGUCACUGGGAAAAAGAGAAGAGGAGAAGACUAAAGAGAAAGGUCAGAAAAAGGCUCCUGCUGCUGCUGCCGCCGCAAAUAAAUCAACUAAGCAGUCGUCCAUCAUGGGCUUCUUCCAAAAGAAAUGAACUCAGCCGAUGCUGCAAAGCCUCGUCCAGCUGUCACUGAUGAGAAACAAUGGAGAUAUUAUAAUUCCUGCUGGAAAACCUCUUGUAUGGUCAAAUCUCUGCAGAACAUUGUAGAUGAAACUUGAUGCACUUGUACAUGUGUGCUGGACUUCAGUACAGGACCCCACCAGUAGAUGUCCCUGUAAUACCUAUCAGGGUUAUUAUUGUUCAGUGCUGAAUUAGAGCUGUAUGUCAGACGUGUAAACACUGGCAAUACAAUCACUCCUGCAUUUUUAGGCUUUGAAUAACCAUCAGUUUUUUUCAGUGUAAAAAAAAAAGACAAUAAACUGUUUUUGUUUUGUA